UUGAAGUUGGACACGUAUUAUAAAUUGUCUGCUUGAGAUAUAUGUAUAUAUUAAUUAUGAAAUGCAUUUAUUACAGUUAUUUGAUUACAGACUUGUGCAAUAGAUUUUGAUUGUGACACUGUUAUUUGUUUGCAAGAAUCCUUGAAAACCGUGUUUGCCCCAUCAGGUUGUGGUAGAUUCAUCUGAAGAAAAAUGGAGGUGUCUGGAAAGGUAGCUUUGACAUCAAAGACGAAUCUUAAUCUGUACUGUAAUCCGUGUGAUACAGAUGGCUUAAAGAAGCUGGCUCACGGAUUUUGCCAGGACUGCAAUGAACAUCUUUGCAAAAAUUGCUUUCAACAUCAUAGAAGGUCAAGACCAUCCAGAAAGCAUGUACUGCUUAAUAAAUACGACAUGGCACUACAUCAAACGACCGUUGACGUAAACGCAGACAUAAUUACUGACAACUGUAGCAACCAUAAGGAUAAACUACUGGAGUUCUAUUGUAACAAUCACAAAACUGUAUCAUGCAAAGUUUGUGUGACACAUGAACACAAACGAUGUAUAGUUGACUUUAUUCCUGAGGGUUUAGGAAACGUAUCUAGCGAGUUGAUAAAUUUUAACAAAAAGAUGGAAGUGUUAGUCAAGAAAUGUGAAAAUAACAUUAUAAAGGCUGUAGCUGCCUCAAAACGACUGGACCAAAGUAAAAGAAAAGUUAAUGAAGACAUUAGUCUCUUCAGGAAAGAAAUAAAUGCAUAUUUGGAUCAGAUGGAAUCGAUGAUGAUAAAAGAAACUGAAGCUAUUAUUAACGCAGCAAACUAUAAACUCGAGAAUAUCAAAGCUGCUUGCGAAAAAUUAGCCGAGGAAGUGAAGCGUUCACAGUCAUUUCUAAAUGACCUGAAUAAAACAAACGAGCAGAAUAAGCUUUUCAUUGAAAUGAAAAAUGUCGGACCUCGUUUGAUGACACUUGAAAGUGAAGAAAUACAGAUUGUCAAAGAUAUUAUGGCAUAUGACGACAUUCAAUUUGACCGGAACCAAAAGCUACUUGAUCAACUGAAAAAUAAGAAAAACUUUGGGACAAUUCUAACAUAUGGAAAACCAUUAGCAGAUACUGAAAUAUGUAUGAGAUAUAAAAGAUCUCUCAACGUGAAAUUCCCCUCUGAUGAAAACCAAAGUGAUGUGUUUGGGGCUGUUACGAUUUCUGCUACACAUAUGAUCCUCGCUGAUUAUGGCAAUAAGAAAAUUAAAACAGUUAAUAUAGCCACAGGAACACAGGUGUCAGAGGAAACCCUGUCUUCUGCACCAUUCGAUGUUAUAAGACUUCCCCAAAUAAACUUGCUGUUGCAUUACUUAAAGAAAAAUGUAUCCAGAUCAUGUCUUAUACAGAUACAAGUUUGUCUUCAGAUCGUCGUAUAG